AUGUCAUUACCAACAAAAACAGUACAAGUCAUUUUUGAGAACCUCCCUAAGGGCGAGGUUGUUACUGAUGUCUCUAAAUCCGACUCCACUUUUAAGGUCAAGGAGACUACAUUGGACACAAACUUGAAGGAGGGCGAAUUGCUUGUUAAAGCAUUGUACUUUUCCAACGAUCCAACUCAAAGAACAUGGUUAAGAAAAAACGGCAACAAUGCCAGAAGCUACUUGCCACCAGUGUAUGAGGGGAACGUUAUGCAAUCGUUUGGACUUGCUGAAGUUGUUGAGUCCAAGUCGUCAAAUUUCACUAAAGGUGACGUUGUCAAUGCCAAAAUUCCAUGGGCUGAUUAUGCAGUGAUCUCCGAUGCCUUGGUAUUCAACAAGAUUGACAAAUCUGCUGAUGUUCCAUUACCAUAUUACUUGUCUGUCUUGGGAAUGACUUCAUUAACUGCAUUCUUUGGUUUGACAGAAGUUGGUGGAUUAAAGAAAUACUUGGACGAGAAACCAAAAGAGUUGACCGUGUGUGUGUCGGCAGCUUCUGGUGCUGUUGGUUCUACAGUUGUACAAUUGGCCAAGCACUUGUUGGGUGCAACCAAGGUUAUUGGUAUUUCCGGUAGUGACGAAAAAUGUAAGUGGGUUGAGUCCUUGGGUGCGGACUUGUGUGUCAACUACAAGGACGAAGAUUACCAGGACAAGAUUGUUAAAUUCUUGGAUGGUGGUUUCAUUGAUGUCUACUUUGACAAUGUUGGUGGUAAGAUUUUGAGUUUUGUUUUGACCCACAUGAGCAAAUUCGGUAGAGUUGCUGCUUGCGGUGCAAUCUCUGGAUACAACAACCCCGAGGCAGCAAAGGUUGACACCUGGUUCACAAUCAUCACCACUUGUCUUACUGUACAAGGGUUCCUUGUUUUCAAUUAUAAAGAUCAAUUCCCUGAGGCUGUAAAGAUCUUGACCAAGGCGUUGAAGGAAAAGAAACUCAAUGUCGGAAAGGAUGCCAUCAAUGUAGAAUCUUUAGAAGGUGCUGAUACCAAGGAAAAAUUUGCUGAAAUCCCAAGAAUCUGGAACCAGCUUUUCGAUGGAGAAAAACCAACUGGAAAGCUUAUCAUUAAAGCAGAUUAA